UUCAUUCACAAAGACAACAAAAAACCUAAAAACAAAGAAAAACAUAAAAAGACAAAACAACAAAAAAACAAAAAAACAAGGAAAAACGAGUAAAAGCAAUGAACUUUGGCCAAAACAAAUCGACUAAGGCGCCAUUUAAGAACAGAAGGCUUAGACCGUGUCACAUCGACUACACUGAUGAACGUCUUUGGGAACCGAGUUAUUUGAGGGCCAAGUGCAAGGAACUGAGUUUGGAGGAGGAAUAUCAGAGGUAUCAGAUCCGUCUGAUGAUCAGUAACCUUUCCGUGUUCUAUGUUCUGCUCAUAUUUUUGAGCCUCAGCUUCCUAGCAGUCGAACUGAUUUUCGUAGAGCGCAUUGAAGGGAUGUACGUAGAUAUAAUGAGCAGGCAAUUAUCGUUUGUCGUGGUCAUGAUCUUGUUAAGCGUCAAUUUCUGUGAAAACUUUGUAAAUCGCCACAGGUGGGUCAUGGUUUUCUCCUCUGCUUUGUCGGCAUAUAUUGUUCUAAUCGGAGAUCUAGCACACAACACAUAUCAUUACUAUGCGGGCGGCUGGCAGCUCAAUGCCCAAUUCGACGUCUUUGUGCUCUGCAUGAUCUAUAUGUUCAUGCCAAUACCCUCAAUUAGGGGAGCAGCGCUACUGGCCACCUCAGUCAGCCUCACAUACAUAACGUUUUUCCUCACGUACUUACUCUCAGUCAAAGCGCCGAGUGUUGGCAGCUACGAUGACAUAUCCGUUGAUAUUUUACACAACCUGGGCUUCAACAUGAUGGGUAUAUUCUUCCGCGUCAUGAACGAGACUAUGGUUCGUGCCUCCUUCCUGGACCGCCACCAGUUCAUCAUGGAGGAGAAGUGGUUGCGCCACGCGCUCCUACAGGAGUCGAUGCUUCUGGACAGCAUCCUGCCGCCCCAGAUCGCGAAGCCCAUUCAAGACAGCAUCAAGAACAAGAUCAAGCAGAACGAAAACGAGUUUGACCGCUUUGGCUCGGGAGGCUCCUGGAGAAGAGAAACCUUCAUGGCCAUCCAGAUCCACCCCGAUGUAUCCAUCCUGUACGCAGAUUUGGUGAACUACACCCACUUGACAACGACUCUGACGGUGGAGAACCUGGUGAAGGUCCUGCACGAUCUCUACGGAAGAUUUGAUAUGGCCGCCUCUACUUUCAAUGUGCAGCGCAUCAAGUUCCUGGGUGACUGCUACUAUUGUGUGGCGGGCUUAACGACGCCCGACCCAGAUCACGCGAAGUGUGCCGUGUCCUUGGGCAUUUCCAUGAUUGCCAACAUCCAGGAAGUGCGGGCUGAACGUAAGCUGGACAUCGACAUGCGCAUAGGAGUACAUUCAGGAUCUCUUCUUGCAGGCGUGAUCGGCGAGGCGAAGCUGCAGUAUGACAUAUGGGGUGCUGACGUUGAGAUCGCUAAUCGUCUAGAGUCUACGGGAAGACCGGGUUUCGUACACGUCAGUGGACGGACUCUGAGUAACCUAAAUCCAUCAGAUUAUACAAUAAUGUCGGGUACUGAAGCGGCUCAAAGCGAUCCGUUGCUGGAAUCAAUGAGCACCUAUCUAUUAACUGACCACGUAUACCGCAAUUCCGUCGGCUCCACUAUAGAGGGAGUUUUGUCAGCUACUAGCCUUGAUAUCAAACCUGUAGAAAGUGUCCGAAUGCAUCCGCCAGCUCGCUUGUCAAUGACUAAGGAGUUGCACGAAGAGUUUCAGAAUAUGCCAGUUGGAGGCUUUGACUUUCAUUCGCCUUGCUGCCGCCGAGCUAGUAACGAGAAAACGAAACGCGAGGUCGGCCUUUUUUGUGCAGCGUUUAAGGACAAAUCUCUGGAAUGGAAUUAUUUGCACCAGCCGGACUUCAUCCUCAAGUCCUCAGUGCUACUAGCCUGGGGAAUUGGGUGCUGCCUCAUUUACAUCCAAGUAGUCACUGUCACUUUCGCUUGCACUGUGUGCAUAGUGGUCGACUUGAUAGCGUUUUUAUUCCUGACUUCUCUGCUGUGCAUCGCCUGGUACAAAAAGUUCUGUUGGUGGAAAACUGGAGGCAAUGAAUUCAAAUGGCACAGCAAAUAUAGCUGCACAGUAUUUCACCUGUUUGAAAAGAUCCAACACAGUGCGACCAUGCGCAUCUGCGUCUAUUUCCUGAUCAUAAUCUCCUAUUACUCGGUGAUAUCCCUGAUUAUGAUUAACUGUGACCGCGACCUGUUUGAGCUGAGUUACAUUGAGAGCAAGCUUUUCCACUACGAAAUGGAUCCGGAUAUCUGCUUCCAUCCCUGGUCCUUUACCAACAUGAUUUCCCUGAUCCUUGGCAUAAGCUACACCUUCGCGCGCAUCCCGUUCGCCCUCAAGAUAUUCGUUAGUGGCUGCGAAGCCAUUGCCUUCAUGUUGAUCGUGGUUUUCCAGUUCUCAUUCAAUUUCCAACACAGUGCCACCACAAUUCCGUUCAUGAGGGCUGAAGUAGCGCACUGUCUUCGGGUAUGCAUGAUGUUAGCCACUAUGUAUGCAAAGGAGCGUCAUUCGGAAUUCAACACAAAAAUUAACUACAAGCUUAAUGUUGAUUUGCAAAGCAAACAAAAAGCGGCUGACGUUACAAACCAAUCAAUUAUAAUUCUGCUGAAUAAUAUUCUGCCUUCCCAUGUUGUCGACCUCUAUCUCCAUUCGUUAGCGAAACACAAACUCUACUAUGAAAAUUAUCGAAUGGUUUCGGUGAUGUUCGCCAUGUUGAUGAAUUUUCCAAUGAAUUUGGCCAGCUUACGAGUGCUUAACGAUAUUAUAACUGAAUUCGAUAGACUGUUGACAGCAUACAGAGAAUAUUAUGUGGUUGAGAAAAUCAAGGUCGUUGGUUGCACCUAUAUGGCGGCAUGUGGAUUGGAUUUUAACUUGGCAGAAAACAUCCGUCAAAGCAGUCACUUUCGCAAUAGUUCACUUCACUUCGAGGUGGAACGGGCGCGCACUCACAGAAUGACUUCCGGCGCCACCGAAGAAAACAACCAAGGCGAUGUCAACAAUGAUGAGGUGGUGUUCAUGAUGACCACGUUCGCUCUGGACCUGAUGCGAACUCUCUCGGCGUGCAACAAGGCCCACUCGGACUCUUAUUUCGAGAGAUCCUUGUCCAACGGACAGAUCUGCAUUGGAAUCUCCAGUGGCGAGAUAAUGGCCGGCGUGGUGGGCGCUUCCCAACCGCACUACGACAUCUGGGGAAACCCAGUCAAUAUGGCCUCCCGAAUGGAAUCAACGGGGCUACCUGGGCACAUCCAGGUGACGGAGGAGUCUGCCAAAAUACUCCAGGAGUUCGACAUUCUGUGCAUAUACCGCGGCAUGACCUUUGUGAAGGGACGAGGUGAAAUACCAACAUACUUCGUAGGCAUAGAUGAAAACCUAAAAUUCAUGUCCGCGUAGUUGGCCAAUCAAAGUUCGCUAAGACGUUUUGCAGUCAUGUCUUCACUCAAUCCGAAAUCUGUAGGUACGAUUUUUUCUAGUUCGAAUGGUACAAGUGAUUGUUAAAAAUAAAAAAUAUAUAUUCAAACAUUA